CCUGCCUAGAACUAAUUAGAGAGAGAGAGAUCAGAGAAUGAAUUUCCAGAGCAUUGUAGUAGCUGUAUUGUUUGCAUGGACUUUUCUCCAAUGCCUCUGUUUAUUAGCAAAAAGAAGUAGUAAGAGUGUAGGCAAAAAGUUUCCACCGGGGCCAUUUCCAUUGCCGGUGAUCGGAAACCUUCACUUGGUGGGAGGGCAACCUCACAAAUUCUUAGCCCGGCUAGCCCAGAAAUAUGGUCCGGUCAUGAAUCUAAAACUGGGCAUGAUAAACACAGUGGUCAUUUCUUCAUCCGCCAUGGCCAAACAAGCUCUACAAAAGCAAGACUUAGCCUUUUCCACUCGGUCAAUCCCUGAUUCCCUGACAGCUCUCAACCACCACCAAGUCUCUGUUGCUUGGCUCCCUGUCGCAUCCAAGUGGAGAACCCUCCGCAAGAUCAUGAAUUCCAACAUCUUUUCUGCCACUAAGCUCGACAACAACCAGCAACUGAGGGUUACAAAAAUCCUGGAGCUGAUUAUCUACUGCCAAAAUAAAAGCCAGAUGGGGGAAGCGGUGGAUCUUGGGCGUGCAGCUUUCAGAACUACCCUGAAUUUGCUGUCUAACACCGUUUUCUCUAAGGAUUUAACCGACCCUUAUUCGGAUUCUGCCAAAGAAUUCAAAGAAUUGGUUUGGAACAUCAUGGAGGAAGCUGGAAAGCCCAACCUGGUUGAUUACUUUCCCUUUCUUGAAAAGUUUGAUCCCCAGGGUUCAAGGCGGCGCAUGACAGGUUAUUUCACUAAGGUGCUCAACCUAUUCAAAGAUUUGGUGGAUGAACGGCUGGAAGAGAGAAAAGUGAUGGGCACCAAAAAUGUUGAUGUAUUAGAUUCACUUCUUAACAUCAGCCAAGAAAGACCAGAGGAGAUUGAUACUACUCACAUUUUGCAUGUGUGCUUGGAUUUAUUUGUUGCGGGUACGGAUACAUCAUCAACCUUAUUAGAGUGGGCAAUGACAGAACUUUUUAAAAACCCAGAGACCAUGAAAAAAACACAAGCGGAGCUUGCAGAUGUUAUUGGUAAAGGUAAGCUAAUACAAGAAGAUGAUGUUAUUCGAUUGCCUUACUUGCAAUGCAUUGUGAAAGAAACCUGUAGAAUGCACCCACCGGUUUCAUUGAUUCCACGUAAAGUUGAACAAGACGUGAAUUUAUGUGGAUACACUAUUCUUAAGGAUUCACAAAUUCUAGUCAAUGUGUGGGCUAUUGGGCGCGACUCCAGCAUUUGGGAAAGACCAUUAACCUUCAAUCCCAAGAGGUUUUGGAAUUUAGAAAUGGAUAUUAGAGGUCUGGAUUUUGAACUUAUACCAUUUGGGGCGGGGAGAAGAAUUUGCCCAGGAUUGCCAAUGUCAAUGAGAAUAGUUCCAGUAAUGUUGGGAUCAUUACUAAACUCGUUCCAGUGGAAGCUUGAUGGCAACCUUGCACCACAGGAUUUGGACAUGGAGGAAAAGUUUGGCAUUACAUUGGCUAAAGCUUGUCCUCUUAGGGCUAUCCCUAUUCCCUUUUAACUUAUCUUAAUGUUAAAUAUGAUGUAUAACACAUAAAUAAUGAUCUAGCUAGGAUUCUAUUUAUUAUGAAUAAACUUUAUGUUAAA